ACGACCAUUUGAAAUGGAUAACUUCGGACGUGUUUAUAGAUUUUCAGCAUAAUAUUAACAAUUAUUGUAUAAUACAUAUUAUUACGUAUUACGACGAUAGCCGAGAUUUAUUAUUAUUUAUUAGGCGUGCGAGUACAGACACCGCUGCCGCAAUAUGACACGAGAUUCGUAAGAAGACGACCGAUUCGAUGUGUGAUUAAUAACAUUUUAUAUUCGUUUUUAUUAGAUCGUGAGCGCGUAUAAAAGAAAUUCGACUUUAAUUCCUUGACGACGAGUUUCGAUUACCUCUGUUAUAAACCGGGAUUACUGUAAUACCGCCGCUAUAUUAUGUGGUUAUAAUAAUAAUAAUAUGUUGGUAGGUAAUACGCGCGUCUCGACAUGUGACUGUACGAUAGUGAAAAAAAGGUGGACAGAAAACAUAUAAUACCAACAUUUACAUAAAACAUAAUAUAUAAUAUUAUAAUAGUAUACUAUAUACAUAUAUUAUGUAUUUAUGUAUCUGACGAAGAUAUCGGUGGAAACAUCGAUUAUAGCGAGAAAAAAUAUUAUUUUAUUCGUUAUUAAUAAAUUGAUAUAAUAACAAAUUACCUGUUUAUACAAGUACAACAACUGACCUUUCGUUUGAAUUUCUAUCGAUUGCGUUGCACAAUGAUUUGUACAGGUAACAAUUACGCUAACACCGGUUGACGUUGGAAUAAAGAGCAACUCUGCACCAAUAUUAAUAGUUUAUCACUCUUUACGACAAUCAUAUUAUAUAUUUUAACCGUCGCAACAGGAGUACAUUAUAAAUUGUAAACUCACCGCGCCGGCGAACGGUUCGCGGACCGCACCAAAACACAUCGCGCACGUGCCCGGCGAGUCGUAAUAAUAACAAUAAACGGCACGGCGGGUGGCGUCCCGCAGGAGUGCUGCUGCAGCUGCAGCUUGACGGCCGCCCGAGUUGUGCAGUAGUGUGAGGUUAGCCGAUGUGGUAUUCGGCUUGCUGGGCGGCGGUAUGGCUCCGCCUGCAGGCACGUCGUCCAUGUUGCGGUCCCGGCGCCGUGACGCCACCCUCAAGCCGAACCGGACUCUGGACAGGAGCGCCUCCCGGGGAAUGCUGUACGAGAACGAGGAGCUCCGGUUGCGCACGAUCAACAUCAACGCCGAAGUAGAAAAAGGCCAAAAUUACAUAAAAAAGCUACGUCGGGAAAACGAACAACUUAAGAGGGAGAUAUGGAAUUUAAGAGAAGAAUAUGAACGGUUGGAAAAUUACGUAAAAAGCCGAGAACAAUCUGAAAACGAAGAGGAAUAUGAAGAAGACGACGACGACGAAAAUGACAACGAUAACGAUGACGUCGAAGUAGUAAUUUCGGGAGAACCGACGGAAGUGGUGACUGAUACGACGGCGGUGGUUGCAUUGGAAACUGUAGUCGAAGAGGAUGACGAUGACGGCGAUCAGCAACUUAACCUUAGACCCGGCGAGUUCAUAGCUGGUGACUGCGAAAACGUCGAGCCACAGAUUUCAAACUCUCCGGGUGCGGUCGAAAACCUGCACGACACUAAUAUUAUCAACAACGAUGGCCGUCAUGUCACCGUCAGCGGUGUGGCAGCGGUCGACCAGGAACGGGACGCCAUCACCAACACCACUUGCACGAUGACGGUGACCGCGAACGGCCCGGAGGGACACCCCGCUGCAGUGACGGCCGACUCACCGACAACCGGCGGCGGGGUCGGGUGCGACAGCGACGACCCCGACCGCCACGACGAAGGUGAUCGCGCCCGACAACCGCAGGAUCCUGUGCAGCGCAGCGAACAACCCUCGUCGCAUCUGGACGCGGCGGUGCUGCAGCCGCAUACAGCGUGUUUUGACACCGGAAGUAAUCACCAACUGCACGAUCUGACGGUGGAUGAAGUGAUCGAUGCCAUACAGGACGUCGAGCUCAGGGACAAGUUGCGAACGGUGUGCUUGACGGACGAAAGAUGUUACAUGACGUUCGCCAACGCCGAGUGCUUAGAACGGGCGCUUCACAUGGCGUUCAGGGUCCGUGACUUGCCGGUGCUGUUGAUGGACACGGGUGCGGGCGCCGUAAUCCUGUCGCUGACAGGUGUACCAGACACCGUAGCCGACAAGGACGUACUAAAAUGUCUCAAGAAAUACGGCACGAUCAUCGGCGGAGUGGAGAGGAAGACUGCGCGAUGUGGGACGGCCGGUGGCGAGCGUUACGUGCGCGUCCGGCCGACACUUGGUGCGCCCAGGUACUUGUGGUUCGGGUCGGACAAAGUCAUCGUCAGGCAGCUGACCGAGCACGAGACGGGCACGAUGAACAGCAUCGCUCGUCGAAAGUCGUUCAGAUCUCAGAUCAAGUUGAACUUGAAAAUGGCCGACACACCGACGUCGUCUGGCGACCACUGCGAAAACGGUGGUGGUGCGGACAGUGGCGGCGGUGGAGGCGCGGACAGUGGCGGCGGUGGCGACGAGGCCUGCUGCGGAGGUGGCGACGGCGUCGUCGUUGGGUCCUGCACAGCAACCGCGAUGACCGCGAUAUCCGUUCAAAAUGGAUUCAAAUUCCCGACGUCGGAUCCAAAAACUGCAGCCACUGCCGGUCAACCUGUGGCAGCAGAACCCAAGACUGCGGUGCUGGUAGCCGGGACGACGAACUCCAAGUCGGCCGGGUCGCCGAAGAGAUCGAAACCGGUGCCGGCAAACGAUAGGGACAGUGCAGGUCCGCCGACGGCUGCGUCGGGCCCAUGCGAAUCGCCGCUAAGGGGCCGGCGGAGGACGUCUCUGAUGGGUUUCAGGCGGGAUACCAUAAUCAAGCACCGUGGCGGGUCCGUGUCCCGGGCGGACGGUGGCGAGGACGCGGACAGUGACACGAGCACGAUUUGCCGCCGAAAGCUGAGCAUCACCGGUCGCGAGGGUACGGAAAAAGUGCCAUGGUGUGGGUGCUGGGGCAACGGAUGUCUAUAAUGUAUAAUUAUAAUACAGUCGAUUUUCUGCAACACGAAGUUUUUUUGUGUAUUUAAGUUGUGUUUGAGGUAUGUAAUAAGGAAUAACUCGAAUAAUACUUAAGAAGAAUUUAUUUUAUUCCCCUUGACAUUCGAGUUAUCAAGACUCUAUUGUGUUACCUAUGGUAUUAUGUUAUAUUUAUGGCGCACUCGUUGAUAUUUUGCCCGAAAAUAGUAUAGGUAGGUACUUACUUUUUUAUAUUAAUGAACAUAAACGCGUAUGCUAAGCUCUUUUUUUUACGAGUACGUUUUUAUAAAGUUUUUUUUUGAUGUGAACUUUAAUCACUUAUGUACUAUAAAUUGUACAAUUACUACCAAUUAAAACAAUAAUUAUCAUAAUA